AUGACCGACUGUGUGGUAAUGGUGGAAGCCAAUAGUGGAAGGUCUAGAGGGUUUGGUUUUGUAACUUUUGUCUCACACGAUGCAUUAGAGGCCGUAUUAGCUUCUAAACAGAUCGUUGAUGGGAAAGAGGUUGACUGUAAGAAGGCCUGCCCUAGAGAGGUAAUGAAUUCCAAUAACGGUGCGCUGCCCAAAGCAGCACAGGUUGGUGUUUUUAGGACCGAUAAAAUCUUCGUAGGCGGUUUGCCAGAUCUCACUAAUGAAGAAUUUCGUGAAUAUUUUGAAAAGUUUGGAACUGUGUUAGAGGCUACUUUGAUGGUUGACAAGAAUACUAACAAACCACGCGGUUUUGGAUUUAUCACUUUUGAGUCACCUAGUGUCGUAAAUGAGGUAAUCAGGCGCUACAACGAACACACUCUAAAGGGCAAAUGGGUGGAAGUUAAAAAGGCUACGCCCAGGGAAAGUUUUACAAAGAAUUCUGGUAAAAAUAUGCCAUCUCCAGUACACGCAAAUGCGAUUAACACUCCACCGUACGAAUCAUAUCCACCGCCCUACCCCGAAAGAUAUUGCCCAGAUAAGCUAUCGGGACCGCCGCAUCAUCACCCAGUCAGUGUACCUAAUGCCCCUGCCAUGGGAUAUGCCAACGACAGAUCCGCCUAUGCAGAUAGGCCGCCAAGCUAUGCCAGCAAUGACAAACCUAUGUAUGGAACUGGGGCUGAUAUGCCCUGGGCAAAUGAUCGAUCGGCCUAUGCAGAUAGAUCACCGAAUCAAUAUCCAAUGGCAGCAGGGAGGCCUCCAGGCUAUGGAUUUCCCCCUUGUGUAAACUACACCUACCCAUCUUAUGGAGACAAACCGGUGACCUCUUCUGCACCAAACUACAAUUACUCUCCUGAACAGAAUCGCCAUUCGCAUAAUCCAUACGAUCGUCCUGAAGAUAAACCGCCUACAGCUACUACAGAUCCGUAUGGAAUGGCCCAGUAUUCAAGUGCAACUGUCGCCUACAGUUCUGGCGACAGGGGUUAUAACCCCAUGGCCAAGUACCCCCCCGACCCAAGGCAUGGCGCCCCCGUGUCUUCGUACGUCCCCGCCAGAAACAGACCCAAUUUGGUUGCAAGACAAGAGCCCUAUUGA